AUGGUAGCACUGGAGACAGAUAGCAGCAUAGUGUCGGCCCAGAUCCGGCCCACAUCUGGCACAUGUGUAAUGAUGGCACUUGGGUGGACCGCUCCUGUUUGCCAGAUCUUGGCCAAAAGAGGAAGUAGAUGGUUGGUGACACUGAGUCUCAUUUGUGCUCUUCUGCUGGUCUUCAUCAUCAAAGCAGAGAAAGACCUGCUGAGUUACAGGAACACAGUUGAGGAGUUAAGUAAAACUAUCAACGACUUACAGGACAGUUACACUGAUCUGAUUACUGAAAGAGAUCAACUGCAGAACAAUUUCAACUCUUUGAAUCAGAAGAAACUGGAGCUGGAGACCAGAAUCAAAGAUCUCACUGAUGGGAAAGACCAGUUACAGAGAAACUUUGACUCUUUGAGUCAGAAGAAACUGGAGUUAGAAAGCAAAGUCAUAUAUCUGAUUGAUGAAUUAAAGAAAGCUUAUGAACAAGGACCUGCAGAUCUGAGGCUUUUGCUGCUAGGAAAAACUGGAUCAGGCAAGAGUGCAACUGGAAACACAAUCCUGGGCGAAAGUAUAUUUAGCGAGAAUGCUGUUACUUCAGUUUGUAUGAGUAAAAAAGCAGCUGUGGGCCAAAGAACCAUCACAGCAGUCGACACUCCAGGACUGUUUAACCCAGCAGUCAGUGAAGAGGAUCUGAUGAAUGAGAUAAAGAACAGUGCUCUUACGUCUGCUUCUGGUCCUCAUGUGAUUCUGCUGGUCAUCAGGCUGGAUGUGAAACUCACAGAAGAAGAGAGGAACUUUGUGACGUGGAUUCAGAACAAUUUUGGAGAAGAUGCUGUGAAUUACACCUUCAUCCUCUUCACUCACGCUGAUCAUCUGAACGGUGAAUCUGUGGAAGAUCACAUCAGACGAAGUCCUGAUCUCCAGCGUCUGAUCGACCAGUGUGAUGGCAGAUAUCACUCGUUCAACAACAGAGACAGACGAAACACAGAUCAGGUCACAGAGCUGCUAGAGGAGAUGGAGCGAAUGCUGCGAAACAACAGAGGGCACUAUUACAGCACAGAGCACUUCAACAUGCCGCAGACAGUUCCUGAAGGCUUUUUUCUAGUUGGGCUGGAAUGCUAAUAGUUACUGCAGUUAUAGUUUUAGCAGCUGCAGCAAUUACAAGACUGGGUUAUAUAACAGGUGAAGGUCGGUUAACAAUCUUAAAGCAAGUGACAGAAGAAGAAGAAGAAGAA